AUGAGAUUCCUCACCAUCGCCUUCGCGGCCAGCCUGGUCAGCACGACCGUGGCCUGCGAGUCGUGCGAACAUUCUGAGCGAGACAUCAUCCAGACUCGCAAUGUUCGCCGCAUGCAACCGGAAGCCCAGAAUGCCUCCUCUUUGCCUCGCGCGCCUUUGGCUUGGGGUCAGCUGAAUGUGAUCCACACGACUGAUACUCAUGGAUGGUUGGAAGGACACCUGAAGGAGAAGAACUAUGGUAGUGACUGGGGAGAUUACGCGAGCUUCGUGAAGGACAUGAGGAAGAAGGCGGAGGCGUAUGAUGUCGAUUUGUUGGUUGUGGAUACUGGUAACAUCAACUAUGACCUCCUCACGAUCGGCAACCACGAGCUCUACAUAUCAAACAUCGCAUACGAGCACUUCUACAACUUUAGCCGUCAUCAUGGCGAGCACUAUCUCACGAGCAAUGUGCAGAUCUUUAACCCGAACACUUCGACCUAUGAGUACAUUGGCAAGACGCAUCGCUACUUUUUCACACCCAAGGGCACACGCAUCAUGUCCUUUGGCGUGCUAUAUGACUUCACAGGCAAUAGCAACGCCUCCAAGGUGAUCAAGGCCGCUCAGAUGGUCAAUCAGACUUGGUUCCAGGAUGCUCUUCACACCAGUGAGUCUAUUGAUCUCUUCAUGGUGCUAGGCCACAACCCAGCCAGGCCUACAGACAGCUCGAGCACUUUCUCCACCAUCUUCAAUGCUAUCCGAGCUGUGCAUCCGAACACACCCAUCCAGUUCUUUGGUGGCCACUCCCACGUCCGAGACUUUGCUGUCUACGAUGACAAGUCCACUGCUUUGGAAUCCGGCCGGUACUGUGAGACUCUUGGCUGGUUCAGUAUGAGCGGUCUAAACAGCUCCCAUUACCGUGGCUGCGCCAACCCUGUGGGUGUCCCGAACCCGAGCACUCCAGCCAAGAAGGUCAACUCCACCUCCACUAGCACAAAGACUGUCGCGCUUGCUACUUCUACCAGUGCAUCGAACCUACUCUACUCUCGCCGCUACCUAGAUUGGAAUCGCCUGACAUUCGAGUAUCACGCCGAAGGCAGCCAGGUUCGCACUUUCGACACCAGCAAGGGCUUGAGCGUGACGGAGAACAUUACCGAAACCCGCCAUGAAUUAAAUCUGACUUCUCUAUACGGCUGUGCUCCUCAGACCUGGUGCAUCAGCUGUGCGCCCUUCCUCAGCAACGGCAGCAUCUAUACCGUGCUCACAGAAGCACUCUCCGCCGUAGUCAUCAACAAGACCCGUGCCGACAUCCCCCGCAUCAUCAUUCUCAACACUGGCUCCGUCCGCUUCGAUCUGAUCAAAGGACCCUUCACCUACGACGACUCCUUUAUCGUCUCUCCCUUCACCGACUCCUUUGAAUUCAUUCCCAACGUCCCCUUCGCUCUAGCCAGCACGGUUCUCGGUGCCCUGAACGCUGGAGCCUACGAGAAGCGUGAUCUCUCUUCGCGCGACUUCGACUUCUACAACCCCAGCUUGUCAGGACAAGACGCCUGUGUAGACCCACCUGUCACGGAAGUCCAUGGUAGUUUGAAUAAGCGCAGUACUGGCCGGAUCAUCCGCCGUCAGAACACUGUCAGUGCACCCGGGUAUACGACAACAGACGAUUUCGGCACAGACGGCGACGACACCGUGCAUAGCAAGAUUCCUUACUACAGCACUCCCAACGACUUCCAGGCAAAUGGUUCCUUUCCAACCAACGGCAGUAUGCCUAUCUCCGUCGACCUGGUGUUUUUGGACUUUAUCGCCAGCGAUGUGAUCAAUGCGUUGAAAGCUGCAGGAGGAAGUUACAGCAUGAGUGAUGUGAGCUAUUAUCUGCCCAAGGCUUUCACGACGAACAGCUAUUUGCCUCUUUAUGCUCAGCAGGCGGCUAGUUGGCAGAAGAAUGUUCCGAACUGUCCUGUCGGGUUAGGGGUCGGGUAUAAUGAUACUGCUAGUGCUUAG